AGAAUCUGGAUGUAGAUAUGUCUGGUAUUAAAUACCUGUUAUGCCUUUUCUACCAAAUAAUUGACAGGUUUCUUUACACAGCGUUUGUAUUUACGAGGUCCUGGUGACUUCGAGAAUCUACUCUAAAUACCCGUACGUUGAAGAUAUAAAACCUUCAUUUCAUAAUAAAACAAGUCUACUCUGUAUUCUGAUGCGUGGAAUGGAUAUACAUCAAUCGGAUGCUGUCGGGAAAUAUGCUGCAAUUAAUAUCUCCUAAAGCUUUACCUGCGAACAAGGAGAGACCUCUCUAUACACAAAACAUGUACUACGAAGUGCAGACGGGUUGUUUCCCCAAUAAUGCACAUUUACAUAAACGAAAUAGAAUGAGUCAGACUCACGUAAACAAUACUCACUGUAAUAGUAUCAGUCGAUGCAAAUUUUAUAGGCAAUGUCCAUGGUCCCAUUCAAGACCGUUUUCUCACUUGCAUCGAUAUACAAUAUUGCUAUUUAUCAUCUUUGCAACGUCUGCAACAUGCAGACUGGGCGCCAGUGCAUCAAAUUUUAACGGACCAUUACCGGACUUAAGUGAAGUUUUGUCGAGAAUAAAAACGUCCGGUAAGGAACCGUAUAGAGAAAGUAAACAAUCAAAAUCAUACACUCGUGAAUUUAAUGAAUUUUUAGAAGAAAAUAUUGCACACGGAUUUCAAGAGCAUGACAUCGUUGUCCCUAUUCGUCUGCAUCACCAUACUGGACAGCCAAUAGGUCAUGGCCGCCACUUUCGUUCGAAACGAAUAUCGAGAGAAUCUGAAAUAUUUGGCGCGAACAAUCGUCAUCGAUUUAGGCGAAGUGCUGGCAACUUCGCCGACGAUGUUUCGAACACUGACAAAUUAGGUAACGCAUUUGAAGAGCAUGAAGUAGCGAAUUUCUCAAUUAAUGCUUUUGGGAGCGAACUCCAUCUUCAUUUAACCCCAUACUCGGAAUUUAUUGCUCCAACUUUCACACUCCACUACACUGGAAAUGUCACUGAUGACGUCAACGCCAAGGUGGAAGACGUUCCACGCCACUGCUUUUACUCCGGAAGAGUAGGAUCAAGACCGGAUCAUACUGCCGUAAUUUCUCUGUGUGGUGGACUAUUCGGCGCCUUCCGUAUGGAUGACACGGAUUACUUGAUCCAACCUCACGAUUUAACAACGUUUUCCCAUCCGGAUAAAUAUGAUUCCUUGGAUGUCAACGACGAAAUGGGAACAAAACCUCAUCGCAUAUAUAGAAGAAGUAUACGUAAAGAUGGCGAAAAGGGGAAGGAGCUUUGUGGAUAUAAAGAAAACUCUAUACCCGAGGCUUUUGUCAAUUCUCAAUCGUCUGUCCACGGUUCUUCAGAAGCACUAGUUACUUUCAUAAAACAAUACCUCAACCGAACAAUAAGUGGAAAACGGAAAAGGAUGAGCAGAUGGCUGUCCGGACAUAAUCAACAUAUCGUAAAAGUUCUCUCGAAGGAAACAGAACUUUCUUCUUCCCGAGUAAAACAUAAUUUACGAGCCCUGGAAGAUUUAUUCAAACAAUCACCAAAUGGCGUCACAAUGUUAAAAUUGCGUAAUGAAUACAGGAAAUUUCGCAAAGUGUUUCGUCAUAAUAGAACGAAGGACGAAACUGAAAGUUUGUCAUCAUCACCACUUGCACAGGAAAACGAACCCAAAUCUAGAAGGAAACGAUACUUAUCUUAUCCACGGAACGUUGAAGUGAUGGUCACAGCUGAUAAUGGUAUGGUUCAAACACACGGAGCCAAUCUUCAGCACUACGUUCUGACACUAAUGGCAAUUGUUCACAGCGUUUAUCGUGAUGCCAGUAUUGGGAAUCUAGUCAAUAUCGUCUUGGUUAAACUUGUAAUAGUCGGAGACGACGACGUCAGGCAUGGACCACGAAUAACAAAGAAUGCACACGAUUGUCUUCGUAAUUUUUGUCGAUGGCAAGCUGAUGAAAAUGAUCCAGAUGAUUCGCAUCCUAAUCACCAUGAUACUGCGGUACUUAUUACAAGGCAAGACAUCUGCAGGUCAGAAUCAGCAUGCGACACUUUAGGAUUGGCAGAAUUAGGAACGAUGUGCGAUCCUCUCAGAAGUUGUUCAAUAAACGAGGACAAUGGAUUAAGUACUGCAUUCACUAUUGCACACGAAAUAGGACAUGAAUUCAAUGCUCCACAUGAUAAUAACGAUGAUUGCAAAUCGUCGACUGGAAAGCCAGAGAGUAUGCAUGUCAUGUCACCAACAUUAGACAAUAAGUCAAAACCAUGGUCCUGGUCAAAGUGCAGUGCAAAAUACAUCACAAGAUUUUUGGAUUACGGCAACGGGCAAUGUCUACUGGAUGAACCACCGCAGAUAGUUUUACCGUUACCAAGAGAAGAACCGGGACAAAUAUACGACGUAAAUCAGCAGUGUAGCUUCGUGUAUGGAAAGGGUGUAACUCAUUGCGGAUUUAUGUCUACUUGUGAUAGGCUUUGGUGUGUGAAUGCAGAAAGAAGACACGGAUGUAGAACCCCUCAUAUGCCUUGGGCAGACGGUACAAAGUGUGCUCCAGGGAAGUGGUGUCAACAAGGUCGGUGUGUCCCGGAGAAACGCUACAAACGACCUGUUCACGGAGUAUGGGGAGAGUGGAGUAAAUUUGGAGAUUGCUCGAGAACGUGUGGAGGCGGUGUGAAAAUCUCUCAACGAGAGUGUAAUAAUCCACCACCACGUGACGGCGGUCGUUACUGCGUUGGGAAACGGAAGAGAUUUCGAUCUUGUAAUUGGCAGGAAUGCAAAGUCGUAAAAGAUUUUCGUGCUGAGCAGUGCGAGUCAUACAGUUGGUCGAAACAUAAUAAACAUCAAAUUCGGGGAGUACCAGAUAAUGCAGUGUGGAUACCAAAAUAUGAUGGAAUAUUGUUACAGGAUCGUUGCAAACUUAUUUGUCAAGUGAAACGUGAUGAUCAAUAUGGAGCACCCUGGUACGUCUUGAAACCCAAAUUAAUCAACGGUACUCCAUGCGGUCCAGACACCCAUGAUAUUUGUGUCGAAGGAAUCUGUAAGCGAGCCGGUUGCGAUCACGUUCUUAAUUCCAACACCAAAGAAGACAAAUGUGGUGUUUGUGGAGGCGAUAACAGUGGAUGUCGUACAGUGGAAAACGUUUAUAACAUUGGUAAAAGGGAAGGAUACAACGUCGUUGUCAAAAUACCAGCUGGAGCGACCAAUAUCAUCAUCGAACAAAGAUCAUUCGGUUUGGUAACAGAGGACAAUACUUAUUUAGCUUUGAAAGACUCAUCUGGUCUAUUUAUUCUGAACGGAAACCGAAACAUUGUUCCAUUCAAACACAAUGUACAGAAACGUUCACCGAUAGGACGAGGAUAUUCAUAUCAAUUCGAUUAUACCGGAGCUGACACACUAAUAGAACGAAUCAAUUCAAGCAAACCGACCAUGGAAAACAUUACAGUCUUGGUGUUAUCAUCAGGGUCGCUACAUCCUCCUAAUAUAUUAUAUAAAUACAACAUUCCAUUGCCAGACCAAAUCGCAUAUUCAUGGGAUCCUUAUGGACCAUGGAGUUCGUGUAGUAACACUUGUCAAGGCAGAAAGAAAAAGAAGGUCUUGUGUACCAGAUCAGACGAUGGACAAGUGGUAGCAGAUCAUAAAUGUCACACAACUGUGAAACCUCAACCUAUUCAAAGUUUCUGCAACACACAUUGUGAAAUCAAAUGGGAAAUGAAAAGUAGCGAAUGUUCGGUGAGAUGCGGGAAAGGCAACGCUAACGUAAAGUACGAAUGUAUAAAAAGAAGUACAUUGUAUGCAAAACGAGACACAAAAAACGAAAUAUUACCUGACAGGGAAUGUAGCAAUCCAAAACCUAGCCCAAAUAGAGCAUGUGACGGAGAAUGCCUACCAACAUCUUGGGUAUACGGAAACUGGUCUGAGUGUACUCGAGAAUGUGGUGGUGGAAGCCAAACUCGAACCGCUGAAUGCAGAGACACUAAUGGAGUUCUGUUGGAAUCUACCGAAUGUAACACCAGGACACGUCUGACUUCAAGAUUUUGCAAUAAUUUCGCAUGUCCUCAGUGGGUGACAUCAGAUUAUUCACCUUGUUUGACAACGUGUGGAUCUGGAGUCCGUCAUCGGAGGGUUUGGUGUCGGGGAAGUGACGGCGAGGUACAACCUGACUCAACGUGCGAUUCUACAAGCAAACCAUUUGGAACGGUUAAAUGUACAAUGAGACCGUGUCCCAAAUGGCAAUAUGAAGCAUGGGGGAAGUGUUCUGUUACUUGUGGAACUGGAACAACAAAACGUAUAAUGAAAUGUACGGAUUAUUUAGGAAGGCAUGUUGAUGAUCAAGAAUGUAAUGAAGGACUACAGGAACGAGACACGCAGCCGUGUCAUCAAUCAGAAUGUGAAUUGCCUUCCUAUUUCCCAUCACACACAAGAUCAGGUCAUCCAAUAUUAAUCAACAGAGCAAUGCCAGCUCCCGAGAGAAGAUCUGAACCAGUCAACACUGACGCAGACGAAAAAUCUGAAGCUGAUAUUUACUUGGAUGUGAUAGAUAUUCCCACUGCUCGCCACGUAUCGAUACAAGGACGAAGUUUUGGACGACAUUUACCACAUCAAGUUGAUAUUUUACCUGAACUAGAAUCAAGUGAAAUAUCAGAAAUAACAAGAAUAUCGGAUGAUGUGCAAUGGAGAACUGGGCAUUGGACUGAGUGUUCUGUAACAUGCGGUAUCGGGCGCCGAGAACGUUAUGUAAGUUGCCGCCAUGACAAUGGCCACGAGGUUGAUGACGCACAAUGCGACGUUACGGUUCGUCCAUCUGGAAAAGAAUUUUGUAACUCUGGGAAAUGUUUUGGCGAAUGGAGGUCAGGAGCGUGGAGUGAGUGUUCGACAUCAUGUGGUGAAGGAACUAAAACCAGAUAUGUACGAUGUAUGUAUGAAAUGCGUUACGAUGAGGAAGAGAAAUGUAAAGCAGACGAAAAACCAGAAGUUACAACCGCAUGUGAUCGUACUUCACCCUGCCCUACUCUACAAAGCACUACCACGACAACCAGUACAACAACCACAACAAUAACGACAGUAGAUUCAAACGCUGUGGUGCCAAAACUGUUGCCUCCGUCCGCAAGAAAUGACCGCAGUGAGCCAGACAAUCUAGUGACAUCGCGAACUGGUAUAUGGAGAACGGGACCAUGGUCGGAAUGUUCGAGUUCAUGUGGCAGCGGAAAUCAAAAGAGGGCGGUUGUGUGCCACGGAAAUUGUGACGCCAUGCCAAUGCCUUCUGUGAUACGUUUAUGUAAUGCAGGAACUUGUCCAUCAUGGCAAACUGGAGAAUGGUCACAGUGUUCUGUAACCUGUGGUCGUGGGAUAUCCUCCAGAGCAGUACAAUGUCAAAUGGCAGAUGGUAGUGUGACCGAUGAUGCGAGGUGUUUCGUAAUGAAACGACCAUCUGAUAAAACACCGUGCAGUGGAGAAGUUCGUCGAUGUCCCGGACGACCAUACAGAUGGCGUUCUACACACUGGAGCGGGUGUUCAGUGACAUGUGGGCGGGGUCUGAAGACACGUGACGUGAUGUGCGUUGAUACUGAAAAGAAUCGAGUCGCAGAUGAACUUUGUGAAAAUCUUCGGAGCAGAAAACCGAAUAAGAUUCGAAAAUGUAGAACUCGACGAAGAUGUCCGAGAUGGCACACAGGAAACUGGAAUAAGUGUUCUGCCUCGUGUGGAACUGGAGUCCGUGUACGUGGUGUUCACUGCAGAUACAAACGUAAAACGUUGGCGGAUGACCAAUGUGAUGCAAAUUCCAAACCAGAAGACGUUGAAACGUGCAAUGGUACUGAAUGCGACGAUUAUGCGUGGAUAACUUCAUCCUGGUCAUCGUGUUCAACAUCGUGUGGAAAUGGUGUUAUGAGAAGAACUGUGACAUGCAAAGAUAAUCGUGGAUCAACAGUGCCAAAUGUAUAUUGUCCUUAUAAAACAAAACCUCAAACAGAACAAACAUGUAACAACGGACCAUGCACGUCCUUCUGGCAUGUUAAACCAUGGUCAGAGUGUUCGGCAACAUGUGGAGACGGAGUUGAAUUUCGAUAUGUACGUUGCGUUUAUGUUGACAUAAGAACGCAACAACUACUACCGGCUUCCAAUUGUCCCAAAAAAGAUCGUCCUGAUGAAUUGCGUCAAUGUAACGUCAACAAUUGUGACGCUGACGUAAGAUGGAGAGUCGGACCGUGGAGUGAGUGUUCAGCUUCAUGUGGUGAAGGAAUCUCUGAGCGUCAGGUUGUAUGUUUUAGUCGGACUACUGACCAGAUCCUGCCAGAAAAUGAUUGCCAGUCUGCCUCUUCUGCUCCUCCAGAAAGAGCUAGUAAAUGUACUGCGGCACCUUGUCUUCCCACUUCUUGUAGGCACGCACAAGUACAACACGGAGCAAAAGCGGACGGCGAGUUCUAUUUACAAAUACGAGGAAAAUCGCUGAAGGUCUAUUGCAAAGGUAUGAACACCCGACAUCCAACAGAGUUUAUUACACUUGCCGCUGGAAGUGAUGAAAACUAUUCUGAAAUUUAUAGCUUUAGUUUGAACAAUUCCGACUCUUGUCCUCACAACGGUUCAAGAAACGAUCACUGUGCAUGUACUAGGAAUCCACAAUCUGGAAAAACAACUUUUAGGAAAAUUCGUUUCGAUGUUCGAACAAUGAAAGUUAUAAUAAACGAUUUCUCUUUUGCAACUUUCAAAUACGGAAGACCUGUUGGAUUUGGAGUUGCAGGAGAUUGCUAUAGCAGAGCAAGUUGUCCACAGGGUGAAUUCAAAAUCAACCUCAUGGGUACUGGAUUAACUGUGACAACGAACACUAGAUGGAGCUCAUACGGACGUUCUGCUGUUCAACGAAUCUCGCCCAGCGAUGACGGAUUAACUGUGACUGGAAAAUGUGGAGGUUAUUGUGGACAAUGCAGACCAGAUCCAAUUACUGGUUUAAUAUUAAAUCAUUUACCUUAGAGGUAGAAUAAAAAAUUGACUUCAAGCUUCAACGCAACUCGCAAGUUUUCAACCUAUUUAUUCUUUUCUACCUCAUAAAACAUGUUCCCUUUAAUAAUAAAUAAUGAUUUUUGUUAUUAUUUGAUCAAUAAUGUUUCAGAAUUUUCAAUUUUAUAUUACAAUCCAGUUGCCUCUAUGACCAUUUGCCAAGUGUGUUUCUUUGUUCGUUCCUAUUUAUACAAUGAAGAAUUUUAGCUCCAUUUCAUAUUAUUCGAUCAUAUUAGUCAAUGGCGAAUAUUUAAGCAUCUAAAGCAGUAAGAUAUUGAUUAGUAUGUGGGCUUGAAAUGCAUUGUAGCUUAGCUUUUAUGUGUCCAAUUAUAUCAUUUAGCUAAGUGAUAGAUCGCAGCAUAACUCGAUGAUAACGCUUGUAAUACUGAUUUGAAAGAAAUUGAAUUACUCUGUCAAAACGCAGUAAAUAUUUUCGUAGGCAGUUUCCCAUUUAGCUUUGUUUAAUGGUGUUUAAUAGUAAUUUAUGUAAUUAUUGUUUUUACAAUUUUUGUACAUUUCAAGUUCGUUGCUUUUUAAAUGUAUCUGAUUACAUCUGAUGUUUUUCUCAUCUUCCAUUGUUUUGUCAUUUUUGUGCCUUUUUUCUAAAGAUAAAUAUAUUGACCUCAUGGGGCGGGCCCCAUUUUUAAUUUUUAUUUAUAAAAUUUAAAAUAAUAUUAGUAAUAGUAGUUUGAUAAAAAAAAUCUCCAAUUUUGCUACCAGCUCCGCAUUAUAAAUUUUCAACAACUAUUUAAGUGUAUUUAUUUUGAUAAUUUGAUACAACAAGAAUACUUUUCUCAAAUUGAAAUAAAAAUGUUGUUGUUCGAUAAAUAGUAUUUUCAACUUUGCCACACGUAAUGCCUUUGUAUUCAGCAUAGCCAAUUUCAUAUUUUAUAUGAAUAGAACAUUCAAUUGCGUCGUUUCUAUUUGUUAUUAUGUGAUUGGUAGAGUACGGUCAGGGGUCUAAAUUAACUUGUGUCCUCGUUUUUGUACUUUAUUUUGUGAAAAUUUAAUCUUUUUAUGCAAAC